AUGGCCGACCCUUCAAUGUAUAACGCGAUGGGUCAGGGCUCUCGCGACGACCCCUCGAAUCCGUACGCCCAACAAGCUCCUCCUCAGGCAUACCCAGCUCCGUAUUCCCCGGCCGCCCCUCCGCAGCCAGGAGCUGCCUACGCCCCUCAAUCCUCGAAUCAGUGGCCCGCCUACGGCUCACCCCAACAACCCGGGUUAACGCCAGGAUCAGAUGUCGCAUACAAUGGGCAACACGCACCAAUGGGUGUCACAGGAGACCCAGGAAUGGGAGGACUGGCCUCACAGAUGGGCGGCUUGGGGAUUGCAGCGGACGCGGGGGCCAGGACACACAAGAAGAAGCACCGCCAUGCCCACCACGACAUCGGGGGUGGUGCCGCGGCUCCCCCGCAAGGGUUCAACAAUGGCAUGGACCAAGCAGGCCUCCAGCAACAGCCGUCGCAGUUCCUGAACACGGGCUUGAACACGGGCUUGAACCAAGACCGGCCAGUCUCCCCAGCGGUGGGGUUGGUAUCUGGGCAGUCUGCAUCACAACAUGGCAUGCCGAGCGGCGCAGGCUCAGUCCCUACCCAAGGCCGAAUUGACCCCGAGCACAUCCCCAGUAUCCCACGAUCGCGCGACCUGCCCGCUCAGUAUUACUUCAACCAUGUCUACCCGACCAUGGACCAACACCUCCCCCGCCAGCGGCGAUCCCAUUCGUGGCGCAGGACCAAGGCAAUUCCUCCCCGAAAUACGCCCGCUUAA